CGCGCCCGCCAUCGCCCCUUUAAGAGCGGCGCCCGCGGGCGGCAGGGAGGCGGCGGGCGGGGGCGCGCGCGGCGGGAGGAGGGGGCGCGCGCUUCCCGGAACAGCCCGCGCUGAGGGAAGAGAGGAAGAAAAUAAAACCCGUGGCUGGAGCUGAAGCUGGAGCUGCCGCCGCCGCCGCCACCGCCGCCUUGGCCGUCUGGAGCUCCCCCGCGCGGACGAUGCCCGCGGUGCCCGCGCGGGGCUCGGGGCUGUGAGGCCCAGGGCGCGGGGUAGCUAUGGCGACCGCUAGCGCGGCUCGCGGUGCCGCCUGACAGGUGUGGGCCCCGGAGGCGGCGGCGGCGGCGGCGGCUCGGAGCAGCAUGUACGCCAAGGGGGGCAAGGGCUCGGCCGUGCCCUCCGACAGCCAGGCCCGCGAGAAGUUGGCACUCUAUGUAUACGAGUACCUGUUGCACGUUGGUGCCCAGAAGUCAGCCCAGACCUUUCUGUCCGAGAUCCGAUGGGAGAAGAACAUUACGCUGGGGGAGCCCCCAGGGUUCCUGCAUUCCUGGUGGUGCGUGUUCUGGGACUUGUACUGUGCAGCACCUGACCGCAGAGAGGCGUGUGAGCACUCAAAUGAGGCCAAGGCCUUCCAGGACUACAGCUCUGUAGCGGCCCCUAGUCCAGUGAUGGGGAGCAUGGCCCCCAACGACGCAAUGGCAGCGGGCCCCAUGGCACCCGGCUUCUUCCAGCCCUUCAUGUCACCGCGGUUCCCAGGGGGCCCCCGGCCCGCCCUGCGGAUGCCGAGUCAGCCUCCGGUGGGCCUCCCCGGCUCCCAGCCCCUCCUCCCUGGUGCCAUGGAACCCUCCCCGCGUGCUCAGGGGCAUCCGAGCAUGGGCCCGAUGCAGAGGGUGACACCUCCACGGGGCAUGGCCGGCGUUGGACCCCAGGUGAGGGCAGGGUCCGGGAGAGGGGGUACGCCUCGGGGCCUUCCCCCCACACCUUGGCCACUCACAGCCCUUUUGCUUUCCCAGAGCUAUGGAGGUGGCAUGCGGCCCCCACCCAACUCUCUCGCUGGCCCGGGCCUGCCCACCAUGAACAUGGGCCCUGGAGUGCGAGGCCCAUGGGCCAGCCCCAGCGGAAACUCGAUCCCCUAUUCCUCCUCCUCCCCCGGCAGCUACACGGGACCCCCAGGAGGAGGCGGGCCCCCUGGAACACCCAUCAUGCCCAGCCCUGGAGACUCCACCAACUCCAGCGAGAACAUGUACACUAUCAUGAACCCCAUUGGGCCGGGCGCCGGCAGGGCUAAUUUCCCACUUGGCCCUGGUCCGGAGGGUCCCAUGGCGGCCAUGAGUGCGAUGGAGCCUCAUCACGUGAACGGAUCCCUGGGCUCGGGCGAUAUGGACGGGUUGCCGAAGAGCUCCCCCGGCGCCGUGGCCGGCCUGAGCAACGCCCCGGGCACCCCGCGGGACGACGGCGAGAUGGCGGCCGCCGGGACCUUCCUGCACCCGUUCCCGAGCGAAAGCGUAAGCGACUGCGUCGACUCCCCCCCCGCGGCGGCGUCGGGCCGGAGGGGCCUGGCGGGCAGGCCCCGGCGGGGCGGCCGGGGGGCCAGAGCAAGACCGUGACCGCGGCGGGCCAGUACUCGCCGGGGAUGACCAUGAGCGUGUGAUGGGGCAGUAGCCCCUUGCCCACUGCCGGCCUCGGCUUCUGCCCAGUGCCCCUGCCUGGGACCAAGGUCCAGGGGCUCGGGCAGUCUGCUGGGUGAGGGUCUGAGGUCACACCUCGGGCGACUGUACUCCAGUUCAAGGAUUGGACAGCUGGGAGGCCCCGCACGAAGGACUCUCAUUUUAUAAAAAAAACAAAACAAAACAAAAAAGAAAAAACGCAAGGACCUCAGAGACGUUCUUUCAUGUAUAGGACCUUCCUGCCAUUUCUAUUUUGUCCAAGGGGGCUCCCUGGGGACCUCUUUUCCCCUGGACAGCAGGGGGUGGGCCCCAUCAAUAAAUGUAACUUGGUUUUGGUUUUUGGUA